AUGUCGACAAUGUCGGUAGUGGUGACGCACGUCACCAUGGUCGAAUUUCACGUAUUCCAGGUGAUUCCUUACUGUUUUUUGGAUACUUUAACCUACAUGUUGGGCGCUUAUUGGUACCUAAUGUGUGGCGUCAUCGGCGAAACCGCCACCGAGGUCGCUGAAGACUUUCAAGUGUUCAGCUCAAGUUUUACUUCAAAACAAAAUAUAUCCUUUACUAUUCUUUUCCCACAGGCUCUCCGUCACAUAGGCCCCGCCGCCCUCGUGGCCGACUACCGCGGCCUCUGGCUGCGCCUCAGCAGGAUGACCCGAGACACAGGCCUGGCAACCUGCUACACAUUUACAUUCAUCAACCUCUAUCUGUUCCUGAUCAUAACACUGUCGAUCUACGGACUUAUGUCGAAGAUAAACGACGGAUUCGGCACUAAAGACAUCGGACUGGCCCUUACCGCCUGCUGCAGCGUCUGCCUGCUGUUUUUCAUAUGCGAUGAAGCUCAUUAUGCAUCUAGCAAUGUUCAAACAAAUUUCCAAAAAAAGCUCCUAAUGGUCAACUUGUCCUGGAUGAACAUCGCUGGCCAAACGGAGGUCCAUCAGUUCCUAAGGGCCACGGAAAUGAACCCGUCGAAUAUCAGUUUGGGCGGAUUUUUCUACGUCAACCGAAACUUAUUCAAAUCGUUAUUAGCGACCAUGGUGACCUAUCUGGUGGUUCUUCUGCAGUUCCAAAUCAGCAUUCCGACAGAAUUGGGGGUUCCGGUUGACGAAAACACUACUAUGAGUUCUAAUAUAAAUUAA